AUGAGACGACGUACUUUUGGAAUUUAUAUCGAUCUAGCCGCUAGUGUAGCGUGGACAUGGGCAGAACUUGUAGUUCCACAUUCAUGUCCAACUUCUGGACCUUUGAGUGACAAGCAAGUCAUGCUUGUCAGGUCAGCCUUCUGA